AUUUUGUUAUCUGAGAUACAACUCUAAUUUAGUAUGCUUUCACAAGUCUUCGAGAUGAGACUAUUUCUCGUAUUGUUUUCAGUGCUACAUUUGGUGGAUAUUGUCAUUGAAAUUUCGCAAGAAACUGCAUCAAUUAAUAAAAAUAAAGAAAAAGAAACACAAGAUUACGGAAAAAAACAAAAAAAACCUCAUAUAAUUAUAAUUGUCGCGGAUGAUAUGGGCUGGAACGAUGUGAGUUUUCAUGGUUCUAAUCAAAUUCCAACACCGAAUAUUGAUGCUCUCGCAUAUAAUGGAGUAAUUUUGAAUAAUCAUUAUGUGUCAGCAUUGUGCACACCAAGUAGAUCAGCCUUAUUGGCUGGAAAAUAUCCAAUUCACUUAGGCAUGCAACAUGAAGUUGUGUAUGUAUCGGAACCACGCGGACUUCCACUAAAUGAAAAAUUAUUGCCACAGUAUUUAAAAGAAGCAAAUUACAAGACACACAUAGUAGGUAAAUGGCACUUGGGCUAUCAUAAGCGCGCAUAUACACCGCUCUACCGUGGUUUUGACACGCAUUUUGGUUAUUAUAAUGGUUUUCAAGAUUAUUACAAUCAUAUGGUUAUCGAUCCAAUUAUAGAAAGCAAUCCGCCAAUCCAAGGCUUUGAUAUGCGGCGAAACUUAUCAAUUGCAUGGGAUACAAUGGGCAAAUAUUCAACGGAUCUCUUUACUGAAGAAGCUGUACAACUAAUUAACACUCAUGAUACAAAUAACCCGAUGUUUUUAUAUCUGGCCCAUCUUGCUCCUCACAGUGGAAAUCAAAAUAAUUUACUUCAAGCUCCUGCUAAAGAAAUUGCGAAAUUUUCCUACAUCACAAAUCCGGCAAGAAGAAUUUAUGCUGCCAUGGUUUCGAAAUUGGAUCACAGUGUUGGUGAAAUCAUAGAAGCUUUAAAUAAACGCAAGAUGUUAGAAAACAGUAUUGUUCUCUUCUUAUCUGAUAACGGAGCACCAACUGAAGGUUUUCUACAAAAUUAUGGUAGUAAUUAUCCGUUUCGUGGAAUAAAAAAUAGUCCUUGGGAAGGUGGUGUGCGAGGAGUGGCCGCAAUUUGGAGCCCUUUAAUAAAAAAACGCAAACGAGUUUCAAAUCAAUUAAUGUCUAUAGUUGAUUGGUUACCUACUUUGUUGUCCGCCGUUGGUAUAAGCGAGCAAAAUAUUCCCAAAAUUGAUGGUCGCAAUAUGUGGCCAACAUUAGUAUCCGACAAGCACAGUCCUAGACAUGAAGUGCUAAUAAACAUUGAUGAUAUCGAUAAUUAUUUUGCUAUUCGUCGUGGUAAUUUUAAAUAUGUGAACGGUGAGACUUCUUUACGUUUUACCUGGGUAGGAGAUUCUGGAAGAUCACCUAACGAAAAUCGACCGCCUUAUAAUCCUGAAAAAGUGCUACAUAGCAAAGCAGGAAUUGCUAUCGCUCAUACAAUUCAACGAAUAUCAGGAUGGAAAAGACUCGAUCAAAUUCAUGUUAAUGUAAAAAGAUCAGAAAAAAGCAUUCUUACUUCUGAUAAAAUUCUACAAUUAAGGCAACAGGCUGAAGUCUAUUGCAAUGUGUCAGAACAGGAGAAGAUUUCCUGCGAUCCAUUAAUAUCUCCAUGUCUUUUCAACAUAAAAGAUGAUCCGUGUGAAAUGAUUAACAUUAUUGAACAAAAACCAUUGGUUGCAGCAAGUUUAAAGAAAGCUGCAUUAAAGUACAGAAUAACUAUGAUACCACCAAGCAACAUAAAAGUAGAUCCUCGAGCAAACCCAAAAUAUUGGAACAAUACUUGGACUUUUUGGCAAGAUACCCAACCAUUAGCAGCUUUGAAUGAAAUCAUUAUUAAUACAUACCCUCUCUUCGAAAAUAAGUUUGAUUACUGCUAGUAAAAGUAAUGCAGUUGACAGAAGUGAAAAUUACUGACAUCGUAUAGAUCGCAUAUUAUUUAUAUUA